AUGCGAAAUACUCGAUCUUCAAUCUUGGCAACACCAUCAUCUCAAACAAAUAAUCAAUCAAAACUUACUCGUCUUUAUAAUGAAAGUUUAGCAAAUAUUGAAAAAUCUUUUUCAUUUAAUCCUGAAAAAAUAUUCAGUACCAGAAUCAAUCGUUGGUUAAAUCAUCAAUUCGAUGUUCAUCUAUUGGACCAAGGAGCUUUGUCUUGGUAUUUAUUGGGAACUACAGCUCAUCUUUGUUCAGGAGUAUUCGUACAUAGAAAUAACAGAGAACCAAUUCCAAAUAAUUUGUACUCAUUUCUUGUUUGUGGAUCAGGUUAG